GGUUGCGAUAACCUCUCGUAGGGCUUUUGUACGGACUAAAACUUGCUUGCUGAUAACAACGUUCUCGACGGGGACUGCGCGAAUUGCGCAUCUCACUCUGCAAGGCCUGGUUUCUUACCUACCAAAUGCCAAAUUGAGAGAAAUUUACAUUAACAUCUUUCCCUUGCAUCUCAUCUUCUUUUUAAUCAUGAAAUGAUGAACCCGCCCAUAAGCGAGGACUCCAAUCGCGCGCUCGAAAUCGAGAUAGCAGAUCUGGAACUUCGCCUCCAAAGAGCUAAAGAACGACUAGCGAAAUCCUCGUCCGCGACCUCGCAAGCCACCAUCCCAUCAUCCCCCUCACCGCAAUCCGCGCACCAUUACCUCCUCCUACUCUCCGACUCCGCGCUCCCACUAGGUUCUUUCGCCUUCAGCUCCGGCCUAGAAUCAUACCUCGCGCACACGCGGCAAUCCCGUCUUUCCUCCUCAACCACAGCUUCUUCCUCUUUCUCCUCCUUCCUCCCGCUGUCGCUGGCGAGCUACGCAAGCACUACCCUCCCAUUCGUACUCGCGGCCCACCGCGACCCAGACCCGUGGAAUGUAGCAAGACUAGACGACACCCUCGACGCGGCGAUCAUCUGCGCCGUGGGCCGCCGGGCGUCUGUCGCUCAGGGCCGCGCGCUGCUGAGUAUCUGGGAGAAGAGCAUCGCCGCAACCGUAGAUCCGCAAGCCCGACUCCGCCCGUUCGCCGAGAUGUUGCGGACCUCAUCUACCACCACCACCACCACCACUUCUUCCCCUACUGUUACAGAUUUUCCGUCCGUAUCAGCACACCUAGCCCCCCUCUUCGGCGCCGUAGCAGCGCUCUGCGGACUCACGCUGCGCCAGACGAGCUACGUGUUCCUGCUAAGCCACGUGAAAGCCCUGGUCUCGGCCGCGGUGCGCGCGGGCCAGUUCGGUCCGUACCAGGCGCAGCGCAUACUCGCCGGCGCGGAGGUGCAGGGGUUCAUCGAGGCGGCGGUGGAGAGGGAGUGGUGCACGGAGGUUGAGAGGGCUGGGCAGAGCGUGCCGGUUAUGGAUCUUUGGUUUGGGAGGCAUGAGCUGUUGUAUUCUAGGAUUUUUAAUAGUUGAUAAGGUAGGUUGGGAUGGAUAGGUUGGGGGGAGGUAUGGUUAUAUAGAUAGGUAUGGAUAUGGUAGUGAUUAAGGCAAUGAAUGCGGGUCUGUUAUUCAAUUUGGUG